GAUGGCCUUCCUCUCAACUCGCCGUUGCUGGACUCGUACGAUUACAUCAGCGGUCCAAGUGGACUUACAGUCGCGAAUCGUCUCUCCGAGAACCCUGCGGUCAAUGUGUUGCUGCUUGAAGCUGGCCCGGCGGACAACCAUGAGCCUUGGAUUCAGAUACCAUUCUUUGCGGGACAAGGCGUCGGUAGCUCUUUGGAUUGGAAUCUGAUGACCGCGCCUCAGACUUACCUGGACGGAAGGAGUCGUGCACUGCCUCAAGGCAGAGUUCUCGGUGGUGGUACCGUCCUCAACGCCAUGCUAGGCGGCAUUGGCGACUACGAUGAUUGGGUGACUCUCGGCAAUCCUGGGUGGAGUUUCUGGGAGCUACUUCCCUACUUCUGCAAGGUAAGGGACCUCAAGGUGCUUCGUUGGGCCCAGAUGCUGACGAGAGAUACUAGANGCGAGACCUCCACGCCCCAUGCACAGAGUGACGCCGCCAACGCAGUCGGCAUCAACCAGAACCCACUCGUCCACGGCAACAGCGGGUCUGUCAAUGUCAGCUUCUCGAGCCACAUCUAUAAUGAGACUGUCAAUUUCUUCUCGGCGCUGAAUGAGCUUCGCAUGCCAGUAUCCUACGAUCCCAACGACGGCGUAACCGCUGGUGCAUCCUUUCUACCAUUGUCACUCAACCCAGCAAACCAAACAAGAUGUGAUGCUCGCUCAGCAUACUUCGAGCCGUAUUCUGCGAGGCCGAAUCUCUGGAUCUCGACCAACCAGCACGUAACACGCAUCUUGUUCGACGGAGGAUCUGGCAACCCAAACACAACGACACCCAUUCCUGGCGAUGAUAGCGUGGGUCAGGGCAGCUCAUUCUCCAGACCUGAUGGCCUGUUUUCCAACAUUACUCAGAAUGCCAUCACCUCAAAACGCCGAAGAGCAUGGCCUAUCCGGUAUAUUCUCGAGGCUGUCGGUCUUCGUUUCUUUCCGCAAAAACGAGAGCCGACCAAUACACCUGUGACGUCUCUCGGAGGCCUACUGCGAGCCAAUGGAGUCGAGUUUGCUUCAGCUGCUUCCGCUCCGAGAAAGAACAUCACAGCCAUCAGAGAGAUCAUCGUAGCUGCAGGGGCAAUACAUACGCCCCAACUCCUGAAGCUUUCUGGGCUUGGUCCCUCGAGCGAGUUACGGCCACUCCAGAUCCCCGUUUUGGUGGACCUUCCUGGUGUUGGCAUGAACCUUCAAGAUCACGCCCUUGUUGGAAAACCCACGUCUUUGACGAGUGUACAGAUUGCAACCAACUACACACUGAUGAGCCAGUUUGGUGCCAUGUACCAAGCAAACAGAACUGCUCCUUGGACAGCUGGACCUCCAGAUGGAAACGCAUUCCCCGCCCUCUCGAUUUUGACCAACAGAUCCUUCUCAAUCGUCACCAGAGCCCAGACGCAGAAAGCCAUGGAUUACCUUCCAACAGACAUUCAUCCGAAUGUACUCGCAGGCUUCGACGCUCAGCGCCAGCUGUUAAUCAAAGCAUUGCAAGACCCAAAGAGGGCGGCGUAUGAAUUGCUGAACUUCAACUAUGGUGCUUUCUCAAAUGUGAAUAUGAGGCCAUUCUCUCGCGGUACUGUCAAGGUAAGCAAAACAUCCUGGUUCAGUGGCUGGAAGAAUAUUGCUGACCAUAUGUGCAGCNUCAACUCAUCACGUCCUUUCGACCCUCCGUUAGUUGAUCCCCGGUACGGCUCGAACCCAGUAGAUCUUGAUGUAUUACUGGCCUCGAUUGUGUACAACCGUCAAGUGCUCGCCACGACAUCGAUGAAACUGCUACAGCCCCUCCAACUCAAUCCCGGUCCAAACGCUUCUGACCAGCAGAUCUUGGACUUCAUUAAAGCCAACCUACAGACAGAGUUUCAUCCAAGUGGUACUUGUGCCAUGUUACCUCUUGAUUCGGGUGGAGUCGUGGAUCCACAGCUACUUGUGUAUGGCACCCAGAACCUGAGGAUAGUCGAUGGGUCGAUCAUGCCUGUUAUCCCCGCCAGCCAUCUCCAAGCUGUGGUAUAUGGCAUAGCCGAGAAGGUCAGAACCGCANAAAGUACUUUUGCCACACACAGACUGACAGUAGAGCAGGCUGCAGACAUUAUCAAGAACGCAACUUCGNGCACUACCACCCAGAGGACAACCGCCGGCAUCGCCAUCCGUGCCGAACACGAAUCAAGCUGCUGCACCUAUAGCCCAAGCACCGCCCGUAUCCUUGAUCUCGUCUGCAAUUCCGUCUUCGCCGACAGUACUAGCACCACCUUUAGCCUCAUUGUCAAAGUCCACUUCCUCGACUUCCGUAGCAUCGCCUCCGCCAGUUUUACAGUCGACUCUCCCACAGCCGUCGACCUCGUCGUUGUUACGGUCAUCGACAUCUUCUUCUUUGCGAUUACCAACACAGUCUUCGCCACAGCCAUCAACGGCAGCUCUGGC